UUAAGGGUACCCAGGCCAGUAAUCCUACUGUGUGUUAAAGCAUCUCAUCUGGCCAGGUACUGGAACCUUUCCUGAGAUUCUGCCCCAGGACACUGACUUUCAACAGGAUGAAGACUGCAACUUGUUCCCUUCUCAUCUGCAUCUCCCUUCUCCACCUGAUGGUUCUAGUGAAUACUGAGGGUACCUUAGAAUCUAUCGUGGAGGAAAAGGUCAAGGAACUUCUUAGCCAACGAGAUGUCUGUGCCCCCACUGUAACGAAGACUCUCUCCUGCACUAGUAUUCAGGCUUCAGGCAGACUGGCUUCCUGUCCUUCUGGAAUGGUUGUCACUGGAUGUGCCUGUGGCUAUGGGUGUGGAUCUUGGGAUAUCCGGAAUGAAAAUACUUGCCACUGCCAGUGCUCAGUCAUGGACUGGGCCUCUGCCCGCUGCUGCAAACUGUCCUAAGAAUGAGGAAGCUGAGAACCUAGCUUUGAAAUGAAGACUAUAACAAAACGCAAUCUCAACUUGGAAACCUGGCUCAUAUCCCCUUGAUGAAUUCAUAUUGCCCAUUAGCCUUGCUUCUUGAAAAAUAAAGACGAAUUUGCAUGUG